GCCUCCAUCGCGCACUGUUCAACGCGACGGCUCACCCGAGUAUCCGUUUCCUUCCAGUUUCGGCUCUGCUGCAUCUGAUGCGUUAUCGGAGGAAGCUCCGGGGAAAAGGCUCAAACGGAGCAGUGCAGAGAAAGAGUCAGCCGGUUUUGCGUCGGGGCAGAUGCCCUUCUCGCGUGUGUAUUCCCUUCGUGGACGAAAUGUUGUACGCGCCGGUGCAGCCUGCAGCGAUGGGGAUUUCUCUGAAGACAACGAUGAAAAUUUUUCUUUAGCUGGGAAAAGUGAUUCGUCAACUACUGAUUCUGAAUACUGCACCGAAGUGGAAGAUGUUCUGGAAGAUUCGACGACAAAAAAACGAGGCAGAAAACGUCGCAUGGUUGACGCGAGAGACACGGUGCGCCCGCACAAAAUUGUUGCUGUGAAUCCUGUAAUAGGAAAAGACUCAGUGAUGCCAGAUGUCUGCAGUCCUAAAGUACGGAGCUAUGCUCGCACGAAGCUACGUGCGGAGGAUAUGCGACGAUUGAAUGCGGUAGUCAAGAUUAAUCCCUUCCAGUUCUCUGGUUCAAGGGAACGUCGCGCCGCGUGGACAGCAGUAUGGGAGGCGUACCGGGCUGACUACGAUACCUCGGACAAGCGCAAAGCACAGAAAGUCUUGUUAUCGUGCAGAUCUCUACAGAAAUAUGUCCGGUGUCAGUUGCGCAACUUUCCCAACAUGCUCGAUCGCUACAACGAGAAUAACGCCAAUCAAGCCGAGCGAGAGUUUAUUGCAGUUAUGCGAGUGAUGGCGCAGCGGGCGGGAAAGGACUAUGCCGAUGACGCGCAUCCCUUGGCCAUGCACAAGAAUGCAGUUGGAGUGGCCACACUAAGUGCCGCAGUUGACACUCAAAAUGCUCAUUCCACACUGCGGUCCAAUAGGAAACGACCCAACAGCCGCUACGUAAGCUACGUUUACCGCUUCGUGUGCUGGGAGUGUUCGAUGCACUUCAAGGAUGAAAGCCUGCUGAAUCUCCACAAGAUGCAACAUAGCGGCGCCACCCCUGUCUCACUGGAUUGUCCAGCUUGUCAGCGAACGUUCACGAAAGUGUCGAAUUUAUUCCGGCAUGUCAUGGAUCACGGUGUGAAAGCCUCGCAGAUUGUGCAUUUUAUCCCGACGGCCGAUCCCAGCAUCUUGAGCUUCGCUUCCAGUACCGCUGCUCCGAUGGAUGUGCUUCCGCAGAGUCAUGGCGCGCAUGAGACAUGCUUCAUGUACACUUGCGGAUUGGCUCAGUGCGGACUGCGAUUUUGCACGGAGACGAUGGCGGAUUUGCACCAACUCAGUCACAAUGUGCCAGACGAUUAUCAAGGCGAUGUUGUCUGUUCGGGCUGCAACUAUGUGGCUGCCAAUGCGGAAGAUUUGCUGAAGCACGUCGGUCGCCAUGCUGCACAGGCGACCGAUCGAAAACUCUGUCGUUUGUGUGGAGAGUUUGUGGAGAAUAUGGUGGUACAUGUCCGGACUAAUCACAAGGAAGAAUAUUUCAAGUACGAAGCGGGUUUAGCCCUUUCCUGUGACCAGUGCGAAACACGAUUGCGGACAUCAGACCAUCUCGCCACGCACAAACUUUGGGCGCACAAGGGUGAACAAGGUCGUCUAGGAUGCCUCGUUUGUGCAAAACCGUUCCCAUCGACCCGUCAGCUGCAUGCACAUGUACAAAAGGAGCACACAACGGGUUUGACGUGUGUGGUGUGCCAGAAACGCUAUUCAAGAUAUGACCGCUUGCAUCAGCACGCGAAAACGCACAAGGAGAUCUAUAUCUGUCCCACUUGUGGCUCGGUGUUCCGCUCUAAAAGGAGCUUAGUGCAGCAUCAGCCCGUUCAUCAGUCUGACUAUUCCUUCAGAUGUGAUUUGUGCGGAAAGUCCUUCAAGAGAUCAACCAACCUUUCGCAGCAUAAGAUAGUCGUUCACACGGAUCAAGUGCGGAAGAAGCGCAAAGCCCAACGCGAGGAAAUGCGCCGAAAGGGAGUGGUCAGCGAGUACAAAUGUCCGCGACAAAGGAUGCGAUACGAAGAGUUCCCGUAUAAAUGCGAGGAAUGCCGGCUCGGCUGGAUGCUGCUGGGCAAUCUGCAGCAACAUCAACGGAAGAAACAUUCCCAGGGUGACGCGACUGUGAAAAAUGGCACUAGUCAUUCGGUGUCCUCUUCCGACGGGAACACUUGAACGACGUCUGGUCGAUCGAACUGUUAAUUUUUUUAUGAUCAUUCGCAAUUGGAAAUUUGUAGAUGUACAGAAGGGUUUGUACAAACUUUUGCAGUACGUUGUUCACUGUUUC